AUGGCAUCACUAGCAACCCAUUUCUCAGCGUUCGUGCUUCUCUCCCCGGUGGGCCUCCGCCGCCUGCUCUGCUCCUCCUCCCUGUACCUGAGAAACCCAUCUCAGUUCCGCGCCAAAACUUGGUACUUCUCCGACCCCAAAUGGAAAAACUUCGAUCUCUACUCUCUCAUCAUCGCCCUCCCCAUCGCCUCCUUCUCCGAGAUCUUCCUCUUCCUCGCCUUCUCCGGCCACCCCACCUACCGCUUCGCCUUCUUCCAGCAGUCCGCCAUCAUCUUCCUCUUCUGGCUCCUCCUCCUCUUGAUCAUCUGCCGCGAAAACCUAGACCCCAUGCACAUCGACGAGGGCUUCGUCUUCGUCUUGGCCGCGAUCACGUUUUUCAUCGAGUAUUCCGUCAUCGGAAAAGGUAUCUCCGGUUUGGGUGGGACCAUGUACGACAUGUUGGGUGCACUCACUCUCGCAUGUGCCUUUUCUUGCUUGUACUUGUCGUUCCGCCCGUGGUCGUUUUUCGCCGAGUUUUUCUUGUCGUCCGGGUUGGUUUUUAAAGGUACGUGGAUGUUGCAGCUAGGGUUGUCAUUUUACACUGACACGUUUGGGCUGAAAGGGUGUAAGAAGAUGGCUGUGUGGCCCCAUAAGUCUGAGAAUGCCGAGUUGAAGUGUGAUCUUGAGGAGGAUGGGUUGAGGGGUUUGGCUGUGAUGACAUUGUUGUUUAUUGGGCAUGCAAUUGGGGUAAUGGUGUUGAGUUUUGUGUUGUUUGGGUGGCUGGCAAGGAACUGGAAUUGGCGGAGCGGCGAGGCUAGCGGACCGUUGCUGCAACAGCUGGAAUCAGAGCACCAACUUGUGUUGAUGCGUGCUACGAGUCAAGAGAUUGAGCUGGAAUGA